AUGAAACUGCAUCAACAACCAGAGGAGGCGAAGGCCAACAAGAAGAGUCUCAAGCCUCAGGUGGAGAGACGCAGGAGAGAGAGAAUGAACCGGAGCAUGGAGAUCCUGAAGGCUCUGCUGCUUCAGAAACAGGAGACUCAACGCAGAGUGGAGAAAGCUGAGAUCCUGGAGCGCACGGUCCUCUUCCUGCAGAGCAACAAUAGAGGAGGAGACAGGCUGGGAUGUGGUGGAGGUGAUGGAGGUCAGAGACACUCCUUCCAGGACGGUGUCUCCUCCUGUCUGCAGAGGGCAGCUCACUUCCUGGGGCCUCAGGGGAAAGGCCUGUGGCUGGACGCGACCUUCUCUGCUCGCUUCGCCCGUUCGGACCCUGAACCCACCGAGGUCCGGUCCCCCAGCAGCUCCAGCAGCUCCAGCAGCUCCACCAGCCCUCUGCUCCUCAGGAAGUCGUCCGUCUCCACUCUCCGGAUGCUCAUAAACAGGUCCAGACUGUGCAGACCCGCUUUGAAUGUGGCUCAGACCCGAGGGGAAUCACAUCGGUCUCCCUCAGCCCCCCCACAGAGUCGAGCCACCAAGCAGAGCCCGUCUCAGAGCCACCAGGCCGGCCAGGCUCUGUGGAGACCGUGGCCCUGA